CAGAAGGGGACAAAGAGUUUGUAGAAGGCUUAAGUGGACAAGAGACUAAAGAAAACAAGAAAAAUGCCGAAACCAAUCAAUGUCAGAGUAACCACAAUGGAUGCAGAGUUGGAGUUUGCCAUCCAGCCAAAUACAACAGGCAAGCAGCUCUUUGAUCAGGUGGUGAAAACUGUUGGUCUUCGUGAAGUCUGGUUUUUUGGGCUACAGUAUGUGGACAGCAAAGGCUACUCAACUUGGCUGAAGCUAAAUAAAAAGGUAACACAGCAAGAUGUAAGGAAAGAAAAUCCUUUGCAGUUUAAGUUCAGGGCCAAGUUUUUUCCAGAGGAUGUAUCUGAAGAAUUAAUUCAGGAAAUAACUCAAAGACUUUUCUUCCUGCAAGUCAAAGAAGCGAUCUUAAAUGAUGAAAUAUAUUGCCCACCAGAAACUGCAGUUCUUCUGGCUUCUUAUGCUGUCCAGUCCAAGUAUGGAGAUUACAGUAAGGACAUACAUAAACUAGGCUACCUAGCCAAUGACAGACUUCUCCCUCAGCGCGUGUUAGAACAGCACAAACUGACAAAAGAACAGUGGGAAGAAAGAAUACAGAACUGGCAUGAAGAGCAUCGGGGAAUGUUAAGGGAAGAUUCUAUGAUGGAAUACCUUAAGAUAGCACAAGACUUGGAAAUGUAUGGAGUCAACUAUUUUGAAAUAAAGAAUAAAAAAGGAACCGAGUUGUGGCUAGGAGUUGAUGCUUUGGGUCUGAAUAUUUAUGAGCAUGAUGAUAGGCUGACACCCAAGAUUGGUUUUCCGUGGAGUGAAAUAAGAAACAUCUCUUUUAACGACAAAAAAUUUGUCAUAAAGCCAAUUGACAAAAAGGCCCCUGAUUUUGUGUUUUAUGCACCCCGUCUGAGAAUUAACAAGAGAAUUUUGGCACUGUGUAUGGGAAAUCAUGAAUUGUACAUGAGGAGGAGGAAACCUGAUACAAUUGAAGUGCAACAGAUGAAGGCCCAAGCUAGAGAGGAGAAACAUCAGAAACAAUUGGAAAGGGCACAAUUAGAAAAUGAGAAGAAGAAAAGGGAGAUAGCAGAAAAGGAAAAGGAAAGAAUAGAGCGUGAAAAGGAAGAAUUAAUGGAACGCUUAAGACAAAUUGAGGAACAAACAAUGAAAGCUCAGAAAGAGCUAGAGGAACAGACUAGAAGAGCUCUAGAACUGGAUCAAGAACGAAAGCGGCGUCGAGCAGCUGAAGAAGCUAAAGCUGCUCUAGCCAAGCAGGCAGCUGAUCAAAUGAAGAACCAGGAGCAGCUAGCAGCAGAACUUGCUGAAUUCACUGCCAAGAUUGCACUUCUAGAAGAGGCCAAGAAAAAGAAAGAAGAGGAAGCCUCAGAAUGGCAGCACAAAGCUUUUGCAGCCCAAGAGGACUUGGAAAAGACCAAAGAAGAACUGAAAUCUGUGAUGUCUGCUCCUUCUCCCCCUCCUCCCCCGCCAGUUAUUCCUCCAACAGAGAAUGAACAUGAUGAACACGAUGAGAAUAAUGCUGAAGCCAGUGCAGAAUUAUCUUCUGAUGGUGUCAUGAAUCACAGGAGUGAGGAAGAACGGGUAACUGAAACACAGAAAAACGAACGUGUUAAGAAACAGCUUCAGGCUUUAAGUUCUGAGUUGGCUCAAGCCAGAGAUGAAACCAAGAAAACACAAAAUGAUGUCCUUCAUGCUGAGAAUGUUAAAGCAGGCCGUGAUAAGUACAAGACCCUUCGACAGAUCCGACAAGGCAAUACGAAGCAGCGUAUUGAUGAGUUUGAAGCAAUGUGAGAGCUGUUAUUUUGCAUAUAUGUUCCUCAUAAAGCUGAACCACCAACAGAGAAAAAAGCAGGCCUUUGCAGAUUUGAUGGAUUGCACCCUACUUUGCCAAAGCACUUACCAGUUUGAGUACAGUGGCUAGAAGACAGAUUUAGGGGAAGCUAUUCAACCAUAAGGCAGUCUGUCAUCCCUAAGUUUUCUGGGGGGAGGGUGUGGAGAAUGAUAGCAGUUUUUUCCCCGUCAUGUUUUCAGUUCCAUUAUUUUGUAUUUUUUUCUUUGGAAACUCAUGUGAAGUAUAUAAUGACUGACAGGUGUAUGUAUUGCUUAAACAUUAAGAAAUAGAAAGAAAAAUGGAACUGAACCUAAACUGGAUAGGUACUACUUCUGUACGAAGUUCGAAAUUACAUUUUUUCAAUGUAGCUA